AGCCACCUAAAAGACGCCUUCGUUGAAAAAAUGUCGCAACAUUUAAACGUCACAAUCGCGGAGCAAAAUAAACUACAGCUUGUCCGCCUGAUGUUUUACUGUUUGUAAUUUGGUAAUUUAUGACUGUUUACUUGAUGCUAAUAAUUGUUUUUUGGACAAAAAUUGCAGAUAAUUUACAAAUGACUCGAUAUUUAAGAGCACUUCAAUAAAAACACUGAACACCAAAGCAAACAGUGUUGUGACAGGAGCUUUGACAAGAGACGUGCCUGCUAUUGAACUAUUUUAUCUAAUCACCGACAAGAUUAAAAAUAUAUGCYUUUCUGUAAUUGUUGUAGUUUACGUCAAUGUUAACUUGUUUUCAUCUAAAUUUAAGGAUGAAUUACAAAUACUUGCUCAUUUGAUUUUCAAGCUGCUGCCUAACUAUGAGUCAUAUGAUGGGAAAAUGUUAACAUAUAUUGCAUUAUUUAGCACAGGAGAAGUUUUUUGGAUAGCUGAAAGAAACAGUAUAAUGUUKCUUAAAAUUAUAUUUGUAAAUUAAAGUUGAGGAAUGUUGCACUUCUAACUGACUCCAGAUUAUGCCCAGAUUAUAUUCGCUCUGGAAAAUUUACAUCAAAAACAAAAGACUACAAAAAGACUCAAAUGUGACUACAAAUCCCAAACAACAACAGGCGCCAUUACCUGAGUACAGAGGAGUCCUUCCAGCAACACUUCUCCCUACUCAGUCAGUGUCCUGUGAAAGCUUCAGUCACUGUUGUCAGAGUUGUAGUUUAGUGAAGUUUCAUACGAGAACUUGUGAUAUUCCUCUUAAAGUUAUUAUUUUGUGUAGUUAGGAAAGUGUUUCCGCCGCGGAUAGAUCGUCUUGGAUCGGUAAGGGACGGAGCUUUUUUAGCUUCCAUUAGCCACCAGUAGAUUUACGGCUUAUAUCCGCGGCUGCCCUGCCAGGUAAAUCGCCUAAAGCUAGAGGAACUGGUCCGCCACAAUGGUUUUUCCUACUUCCUUCUUUUCUGAGUACUGACACUGUGAAAUAAUACCUAAAAUUCGGGAACAGGCCAGCGCAGUCUUUGUUUUGCUAAGGUUCGGCCUGUUUUCGCUGCCCGCGAGCGUCGGGGGGUGGAAAAAAAGAAGUUGUUAUCGCUGUAGGUUGUUUGUUGGUCAAACUAACUCUGUCGUGUUCGUGUAAACAAAAGCUGUCGAGUCCAGAUUAGCUUUAGAGCCCAGUGAUGGCCCAACACGACCCCUCUCAUGUAGCCAGUUCACAGAAAGCUCUGAUGUUGGAAAUGAAAAGCCUCCAGGAAGAGCCUGUCGAGGGAUUUAAAAUAACUCUGGUGGAUGAGGCUGAUUUAUACAACUGGGAAGUGGCCAUUUUUGGACCACCAAACACUCAUUAUGAAGGCGGAUAUUUCAAGGCUCGAAUCAAGUUUCCUACAGACUACCCAUACUCUCCACCUGCUUUCCGCUUCCUCACCAAAAUGUGGCACCCAAACAUCUAUGAGAAUGGAGACGUGUGUAUUUCUAUAUUGCAUCCUCCAGUGGACGACCCUCAGAGCGGAGAGCUGCCUUCGGAGAGGUGGAAUCCAACCCAGAAUGUCCGGACGAUUUUACUGAGUGUGAUCUCGCUGCUCAAUGAACCCAACACCUUCUCUCCUGCCAAUGUGGAUGCCUCAGUCAUGUACCGCAAAUGGAGGGACAGCAAAGGCAAGGACCGGGAGUAUGUGGAGAUCAUCAGGAAACAGGUGAUGGCCACCAAGGCAGAAGCCGAGCGAGACGGCGUGAAGGUGCCCACCACGCUGGCCGAGUACUGCGUCCGUACACGCGCCCCGGCCCCCGACGAAGGCUCCGACCUUUUCUAUGACUAUUACUACGAAGAUGACGACGUGGAGGAGGGAGAUGGCGACUGUUGUUACGACGAGGACGACUCGGGCAACGAAGAGUCGUGACGUUUUCGUCGUCAGAAAGUCUAAUCUCGUUGACGUGUGCUCAACCCCUCUCUCUGCCUGGGUUGCCAGAUGUUCUAGGUUUACAACCAAGAAAUAUUGGAAGCUUUCCUCUUCUAAAUCAGUACAAGAGCUUUUUUUUUCUCUCCCCUUGAGUCUCAGAGGUUAAAGUGAUGUCUCACCGUGAGAAGGUCAGACUUUGGUGAGAUUUGCACCAGCACAAAAGUCGCCAGUUUUUUUUUUUUUUUUUUUAGGGAACUGUUUCCAUCACAUUAAUCAUCAUUAUGCUCACAAGAUCCAGUUGUAUUUAGAAAAGGUAUUGUUGGUUAAGUUCCACCGUCAAUGAUAACAUUUGAACUGGUGCAAACUCUUCAGAACAUUACUUAGCCUCUCUCUUUCAUAUCUUUUUUUCCCCCCUAAAUGUAACUGGGAGUUGCCGAAGCAACGGAAAGUUUUACGAACUUUGUGCUGCUUGGUUGUGCCGGACAAAGCGCUGCAAUUAUCCGAUAUUUUUGAGUUUUAUGAUGCCUUUCCUUCAAUAGGACAWGACAUGGAUAAAAUGUCGUGACAGUGUUUUCAAAGUUCUUGUGCAUGCCAGAACAUCUUUGAAAGCUUUUUUAUUGUCUGCUACUGGUGGACUGUUUCCCCCCCACUUCCUGAAAAGACUUGUGACGAUGGAGGACUCUCCGUCUGAAGGAAUGGCUGGCUCAAUCAGAGGGUCAGUUUCAUACGUGGACAUUUUUACUAACAUGAAACUGAUCAUUGCUGGUCUCUUCUGGUUAUUGUUGGAUGUGUUUUCUCUGUCACUCUUAGWGUGGGGUUGUGUUGUUUGAAGUAGCUCAGCAUUUGAAAUUGUGUAAGAUAAGCAAGUUCUUGAGGGCAAAAGGGGGCGGGGACUUAUUGAUCAGAAUUGUAUUUCUCCUCAGGGUCACUCUCUGAGUGGCCUGAUGGACCCAAAGAUCUGAAACAAGUGUGUAAAACAAAUUUUAAUGUUUGACAAGUGUUUGCUUUACUCCUUUCUUUGUUUGUCCCUUGCUUUCCUGCAAGCUCUAUCAUUUUAGUCUUUUUUAUGUUAGACAUUCUGCCUGCACUGUUGACUUGAAUGGCUGACCAARAAACCCAUAAAUGGUGUUUGUCAGAAAGUGAACUACCAGGAUUUUCAAACUUCUUCAGCCCUACAAGUGAAACUGAAAAUGUUUAGACCUCCUAGUUUUAUUUCUCAUGACUAUUUUUUGUGAUAGGAGUGGUUUGGAUAAUAUUUUAGAGUGUCUGGGUGUCCUGUGUAUAUUUUUUUUCUUUUUUGUUUGCUUGUUUUCAGUCAGCAUUAUUGAUUAAUUUCCUCUUWUUGGGACAUCAUAUUGAAUUUCUCAGGAUAAAAUUACGUGCGACAAAACAAUUGAAACAAGCAACUAAUUUUGUCUUUAGGUGGUCCCCUGUGUUGGUUUACAGCUUCUACAGGAACCAUAAUCAAUAUGCACACGUAGCUGUAUGAAUGAUCACCAUAUUGUUUUUGUUUA